AUGCACUUCAGGCGCGCUGGCAGCUCUGCGCUGAAGCUGCCUGCCCUGGCGAGCGACAGCACGCUGUUCGCUACGGCGUCCCUGCUGCCAUACACCAAAUUUGAAGAGAUUGACCUGUCGGGUCUGCGGCUGGGUUUUGAGGGCUGGCAGGCAUUGCUUGAGGCGUGCUCAAAAUGCCUUGCCCUACGGGUCUUGAGCCUGAAAGGCUGUAUCCUGGGCGCACUGGGCCACGACGCGGUGCAGCAGAUCGCGCAGCUGCUGAGCAGGUGCCACGUCGGCGUGCUGGACGUUUCCCAGAACGGCCUGGACGACGUCUUCGCAUCUGCGCUCGCGCUCUCGGGCGCCGCCACCGGCGCGCGGCUCGCUGUGCUGGACCUCUCCGAUAACGCAGUCGCCUGCGCGGGUGCCGCCGCGCUGGCGGCCGCUCUGGAGGGCGCGGGGGCGCGCUGCAGCCUGCGCCAGCUCGACCUGGGGUUCAAUUCAAUCGGGGACGGCGGUGCUUGCGCCCUGGCUGGGGCCCUGGCGGCGACGGGCAUCAUGUCGCUUGAGCUGGAGGGCAACCAGGUCGGGGACGAGGGGGCCGGCGCACUAGCGCAGGCGAUCCAACGCGCGGCGGAGCUGCGGCGGCUCAACCUCAACUUCAACGCCUUGACGGGGCGGGGGCUGGCGGCGCUUGCGGCGGCGCUGUCGAGGCGCCCAGGCACGCUCCAAGAGCUUGCCGCGGCAGGCGCCUCCGACCCCGGCCGCUUGGACGGCGCCGCCGCGCUGCUGCACGCCGCCGCGGAGAGUGGGUGCUCUCUGCAGCUGCUGGAUGUCAGGGGGGUGCCCCUGUGCGGCGCCGGCCUGGACGCGCUGUGCGCGCUGCUGGCGGCGCCGGGCUCGCCGCUCGCGUCGCUGCGCGCUGACGUGGCGGGCAAGGACGGCGCGGAGCGCGUCGCUCAGGCGAGCGGCGGCGCGGCGGCCUGGGGGGCGUGCGCGGAGGCUGUCCUGCCGGCCAACGGCACCCUGGCCAACCUCAUGCUCGGCGGCCCCGUCCCAGAGCACGUCCUCUCCUUCAUCGGCGCCGCGCUGAGCGCCAACGCGCUGGCCCGCCGCGACGGCCCGGCGGGCAGCCCCCCCAAGCCGCCGCAGCUUCAGCCGCAGCUGCCCGCGCCGCCCCGGGGCCGAGCGCAGGACGAGCAGCAGCGCGAGGAGGCGCCGCACAAGCGCGGCCCGGCCGCGCUCGACCGGAGCCUCACGGUGCAGGCGCGGUCUGCAGGCGCGGCCGACGCGGCCGGCAUGGCGGGCACGCAUAUGGCUGCGGGCGGGGGCGCGGAGAAGGCAGCCGAGGUGUUCCGGCGGCACGAUGUGGACGGGUCUGGGUACCUGGAGCAGCAGGAGAUGAUGGCGGCGCUGCAGGACCUGGGGCUGCUGGAGGGCCUCAGCGCGCGGCAGCUGGCCCGUCGCCGGCGGCCGCUGCGCGGCGGCCACGCACUGCCCCUCCUUUAUGGGGCCGCAGGCAGGUUUGUGUCGACGGCGCUGCGCGAGUCCGACACCGACCGCGACGGCCGCGUCAGCCUGGAGGACUUUGUUGGCUACUUCCACCGCCUGGCCAGGUUGGGCGAAAUCAGUGCCCAGGGCUCCGCGUUUGUGUGCGAGGCCUUCAGGGCAUUCUGCAGACUGCCUGUCGGGCGCGGCCGCCAGGUCGGAGCCAGCAUCCAGCACAUGAACGCGGCGCAGUUCAGGGAGCUGGCGCGCGCCGCCGGCCUGGUGGACCCCCAGGGCCCACUGUCCCUGUGCGCCGUGGACAUCAUAUUUACGCGCUGCCAGGGGCCCGGCCACAAGCGGCUCGCGAUCAAGGAAUUUCUGCAGGCACUGGCCGUCCUGGCUGAGGAGGCGGGGCGCGACUUUUCAUGCGUGCGCGACCGCCUGGCCGAUUUCGCCGCAGGGCAGCAAGGCGGGGGCGACGGCGGCGCCUGGACGCGGGCGGGAGGCCGGGGCGGCGACCCGGGGUCGCCGCCAGGGGCGGGCGGAGAGAGCCCCGAUGGCUGGGGGCCUGGCGCAGGCAGCGGGGCACCAGUGCAGGUGCAGGUGGCGGUGCCAGGGUCGCUGGCUGACCUGCUGGGGGAUGCGUGCGCCCGAGACAGCGGCGGGACAGCAGCGGGAAGCGCGGGCGGCAGCGGCGGUCUGGAGGUGCUGUAUCGCAGCUUGCUGUCGCCGUCGGACAGCGGUGGCGGGCGGCGCUGCGGCCCUGCGCUUCUCGAGGACGCGGGGCCGGAGGCGGACACGGCUGCGAUCCGGCGCGCGGGCGCGGCAGCGGCAGCUGCAGUGGCGUCGCUUCUGUUCCCUGCGCAGCAGAGGGAUGGAAGCGGCAGCGGCAGCGGUGCUGGGGCCGCCAGCACCGUUGGAAGCCUGCCGCAGUGCAACCCGCUGUGUGCUUCCGAGCGCGGCUCUCGUGCCCAGUGCUUGGAGGAAGGCCUCGUGGACUGUAGCUACAUUGGGAGCGACGGCGCACCGGGCCUCUUGCCCGACCUGAGCAGCCCGCCGGCGGCGCCGACGAGCCCCCUCGCGGGAGACGCGCAGCAGGUGGCUGCGCUGGCGGCGCGGGUCAGCGUGCUCGAGGCGGCGGGCGCCGCGCGCCGGCGGCAGUUGGAGGAAGUCGGAGAGGCGCAGGCGCGGCUGGCAGAGGAGCUGCAGCAAAUCUGUGCGAGGCUCGGCGGCGGCGGCGGCGGCAGCGACCGCAGCGCCAGCGGCAACGGCGGUCGCACGGCUUGGGCUGAAGCCGUUGCGGGGCUGGCGGCGCAGCUGCAGGCGCUAGAGGGGGCGGUCGCUGAGCUGAGGGCACGGGACGGCGGCGGCGGCGAGGGCGCGGGCAGGCUGUCUCAGGUGGAGCAGAAGCUGAGUGAGCGGCAGGGCCUUGUUGAGGUGGCGCUGAUGAAGGUGGCCCACCAGGUCGACAUCCUCGAUGUGCGGCUCCGUGAGGAGCAGGAGACAUCUGUUAGGGCGCUGGAGGCGAUCCUGGCGGGGGCGAUGCCGCCCUGCAAGGAGUGA